AUGCCGCGUGGGCCAUUGGUUGCUAUCCUUGCUGAAACUUUUGUUCCCGAGUCUUUGAUCUUCAGUGACGCUGCUGCAGCAUCAGCAAAUGAUGAAGAUGAUGAUGCUGAACAACUCCGAGCUAGUAUUGCAGAAAGGGACGAGCAUCUGAGUGCAGUGGCACUGUUGGCCAGGGCAGCUCCUUUGUCAACCAUCCCCCUUCUUGCCAUGCUUAUUUCUAAACGCUUCAAUUGGCUACUUCAAUGUACUGGGGGUAGAAAUGAUCCUACAUCAGUGUUAGAGGAGUUGCAUUGGCUUUUACUGAUGUCAGGACAUGUCCUUGCGGAUUGCGGGGAUGGUGAAACUCCCUUGGUCCCGGAGUCAAUAUCAGCAUUGAACGUAAGCGGAACAGAGGCAAACAAUCAUCCAGCCGUCCUACUUUCUCGAUCUGUCAUUGAGCUGGCACGGCAGAGCCUGGAUGCAUCUGUACGGGCUGAAUUGUUCAGUCCACGUCUGAUGGAGGCCAUAGUGUGGUUUUUUGAAGAUGGGUUAAUGCCAGCCGAUGCAGGGCGAGGGCCCAAUUCUACUCCUUCAAGCAAUGAAAGUGAUCAGCAGCAAAUGCCUGGCGUAGCUGGUCCAGAGUCUCACCCUCUAAUUAUGGCAUUUGGAGAGGGGGGAGGUGGUAAGACUGUGCUAGAAAUGCUUGUAAGAGUGGCUGGAGCUGCUCUAACUGCGUGGCUUGGUGAACGCAGGUUGCAGGAACUUGCAGCAUUCCAGCUCCUUCCAUCUUUGGUGCAAAGACGCAACAUUUGUGUUCAUUUAGUCACUCUGGAACCUUGGCAGGAAUUGGCUCAGGCUUUUGCAUAUCAGCAACCACCCCUCGCUCUUCUCGCGUCCCCGAUUCAGCGUGCACUGUCAGAAGCCCUUUGUAGAUCAGCUUCGGGUAUGGGCCCUGCAGAAGCAACCAAUCAGUAUGUGAGGGAUUUGUUGAGUCCACUGGCCAGCACUUUGGCUACUAUUUCAAAGCAUGAUGAUCUGCAAGUUUUGUCUCAGCAGCCUAAUGUUAUCAUUCAGGUAAGUUGUCUAAUUGAUAGAUUAAGAGGGGCAGCUCGAGCUACGCUACCACGAAGCCAGAGUGCAAUUUUCGAUGUAGGGGCUGCUGUUAUGGAGCCAUUGCUGGUCUUGAUGCGAACCUACAACAACCAUUCUUCUGUGAUCUACUUGGUGCUCAAAUAUGUAGUCGAUUGGGUGGACGGUCAAGUAGCUUUCUUGGAGGCUAAGGACACAGCUAUUGUUUUCAGCAUUUGCGUACGUCUGCUUGAGAUUUAUUCGACUCAUAAUAUAGGAAAGGUGUCAGUGAGUACAUCAGUGAACUUGAAUAAUGAAAGCCAGACUGAGAAGUACAAGGACUUGCGGGCUUUACUUCAGCUCCUGACCAAUUCGAGUUCAAAGGAUCUGGUUGUGUACUUGGGCUUACACAUUAUUACUCCGCUUAUGUCAGUUGACCUGCUUAAAUGCCCAAAGUUGUCCCGUCAGUAUUUCACUUUGUUAGCACACAUGUUGGAAGUUUAUCCUGAGAAGGUGGCUAAGCUGUCGCCUGAGGGAUUCGCUAGGAUUUCGGCCACUCUAGAGUUUGGUUUGCGGCAUCAGAACGUGGAGGUUGUGAGUAUAUCAUUCACGGCAUUGAAUGCUGUAGCAUUUUAUCACUAUCAGGCCAUAUGUAGAGGUCAAGAAGGUCUAGGUAUACAUGCACUUAGUAUUCAAAACGAGCAUGGUGUAGUGAAGGAAGGAGUAUUGGACCACUUCCUCAGAUCCGUCAUGCAGUUCCUUCUGUUUGAUGACUACAGUAACGAUCUUGUGGAGCUAGCCGCAGAUGCUCUGUUGCCUCUUGUCGUGUGUAAUACUGCUUUGUACCGGAGAUUGGCACUGGAACUUCUGAAGGGACAGCAUCAUGCUCUUCUGCAAAGCCGACUUGCUACAGCAUUUCAUGUCCUUUUGAAUGCUAAUCAAGUUACUAGCCUUUUCGUCAGUCUCAACACCUCAUUUGGAUCCAUAAAGGAAUUCCUCACCAGCAAUUGGGUGACAGUGUGUGGGGCAUAUACAAGAAUAACCGUUUACUCUUUGGAUGUCUUUUACAUGGGUUGGACGGACAAUUCGAAGUCCAAACUGAAUCUGAGACUGUAGCAGAGUAGCUAAUAUGUGCAGUGGUGGGUUUGCUGAAUGAAUUUAUACACAGUGCGCAGUUUCAGUUUCGAUGACCUCAGCCAUAGCUUAAUCUGGUAACCUCUUCAUACGCUACUCAGCAGAUUUAAUUCGAAGGAGGGACAAAGCUACCAAUACCGGGCAGAUGGCCGACGCUAAUCCUCAAGAGCCAUGAAUCGGUUAUGAAGGGGCAGGUUUCCCCGAUAAAUUAUGAGCGGCGUGGUUGGCUCUCUGCUCUCACGCACGUGACUCCAGCUCCUGCAAAUACAUGUCAGAGAGGUCGGAAAUGUCCAUGCCGUUGUACUUAUUUGGUGUUGCGUAAAUCCACAACUCGUCGGACUUCAGCAGCUGUAAUAUGGGCAGACAAUCAGAUCAGUAUACGAUACGUGCAUAAACUGCAGCAAUUUAGUAUUUUUUUUUACGAGCAAUUUAGUUUGAUUACACUUUAAUAGGGCCAAUUUUUGAAAGCAAUCAAUCAUGUGUACCUCAACUUGAUUUUGUAAAAAUUUGACGUAAUGUAUA